GACUUGCAGGGCGAGCCCUAUACAAACUGUUCAAGGCCAUCAAGCACCAGGUAGAGAAGGGGUCCAGUGGACGCCUUGAGAUGAAGAAGGCCAAGUACACUCUGAACGACCACGGGCUCCUAGGGGACGAUGUGGGAGUACUGCGUCCUGGGAGGGCCAGACUGACGCCGGUGAAGGUGCUGAACUGUGACACCAUCUCUCAGGUGAAGGAGAAGAUAAUUGAACAGGUGUACCGCAACCUGCCCUACACACAGAGACCGAAGGUGGACAGUGUUGCUCUGGAGUGGCGUCCCGGCUCUACAGGGCAGAUCCUGUCAGACAUGGACUUGACGUCACAGAAGGAGGGCAGGUGGAAGAGACUCAACACACUGGCACAUUGCAACGUGAGAGACAAUGCCACGCUGGUGCUGUCCAGAGUGCUUCACACCCAUCGCCAGUUCCACCAGAACCAGGACAGCCAUGAAGAAAAAAACGCCCUGUUGGAAGAUGACAAGGUGUUCCACCUGGUGCGGCCAGCAGACGAGCUGGAUGAGGUCAAAUCUAAGAGAGGAAGUUUGAAGGCUAAGGCUACGACUAAAGCCAUCGCUGAGAUCUACCUGACACGACUGCUCUCUGUCAAGGGUACUCUGCAGCAGUUUGUGGAUGAUUUCUUCCGCAGUGUGUUGUGUUCUGGAGCGGUGGUUCCUCCUGCUGUUAAAUACUUCUUUGACUUCCUGGAUGAGCAGGCUCUGAAACACGACAACGUUGAGGAGGAGACUGUCCAUAUCUGGAAGACCAACAGCCUGCCCUUGCGUUUCUGGGUGAACAUCCUGAAGAACCCUCACUUCAUCUUUGACGUGCACGUGACCGAGGUGGUGGACGCGUCGCUGUCCGUCAUCGCUCAGACCUUCAUGGACGCCUGCACCAAGACGGAACACAAACUGAGCCGGGAAUCUCCCAGCAACAAGCUGCUCUAUGCAAAGGAGAUCUCCACCUAUAAGAAGAUGGUGGACGAUUACUACAAGGGAAUCAAGCAGAUGGUCCCAGUCAGUGACCAGGACAUGAACACACACCUGGCUGAGGUGUCCAGGGAACACACAGACAAGCUGAAUACCCAGGCGGCCUUGCACCAGCUCUACCAGUAUGCCAGCAAAUACUAUGACGGGAUCAUCCAGUCUUUAGAUGAAGACCCAGCCGCCCAGAGUAAACAGCUGACCCUGCGGCUGCAGCAGAUAGCCGCCGCCCUCGAGAACAAGGUCACUGACCUUUAACCUCUGACCCCCAGAGAGGUGGGGACAGAUAUAGGGGGAGGAGCUAUGGGACCACUGUAGACCAAGAUGAGGGGGACCGGAGACUGAGGCAGAACUCGUUAACUUCAGACUAUUACAGUACCAACCACGAAGAGUUACACAUGUCAAUCUUCCGCCUAGAGACAGGAUGUGGGAAACUAUGGCGUUUGGGGAAAAUACUUGUGAAGGAGCAGAACUACAGGGCCAAACUUGGACAGGAUGAUCCCUAAUCACUCCAUCUCCCUCUCUCUCUCUGACUCUAUGGAUCCUAUAGACUCUGAAUGAGCAAGGGCCUACAGUAUAGUCCCUGAGUGAGCUAGCAGACUGUAAACCCCGACAGAGGAUAUACGGUACACCGCCAUUGACCAACCAUAGCAACUAUACCUGUCAGCCUCAUGACAUAAAACCUGGUGUUGAUGACUUACAGCUUGUACAGAUAAUCAGAUGUUUAAUGUGCUCCAGA